AUGGGCCCCUGUACCGCCUCCUCAUGCUGCUGCCAGGCCCGUAAUCUGCCAUGGGCCCCCGUACCGACUCCUCAUGCUGCUGCCAGGCCCGUAAUCUGUCAUGGGCCCCUGUACCGCCUCCUCAUGCUGCUGCCAGGUCCAGAGUGUGUCAUAUGUCCCUGUACGGCCUCCCAUUGCUGUUGUCUCCAUCGCCACACUCUGCCAUGUGCCACUUUCAGGUCUCCUCACACUGCUGGUGGGUUCCAUUUUUUCAUAGGGUGCUGUAUGGCCUCCCAUUGCUGCUGCCUCCACCGCCACACUGUGGCUCCACACUCUGGUUUUGGCCCCGUGACUGCCCAAAUGAGUGAAGUGUGCGGUGAUUCUAAGAUCGACGGCACUCAUCUGCAUGUCAUACUGACUGACAGUAUUAUUUCUCUUCCCCAGCAGACUCCAAGGGCAUUUAAAUUAAAGGUACAGUGUUCUGCACUAAUAUAA